AUGAAGUCUUGGUGUGAGGGGCACAUGUCCUCUAUGGGAGGCUGGGGGCCUGGAGGAAGAGCAGGCCCUGGCAGGAUAAUGCUGAGGACACUCUCGGGAGCCUGAGGGCAUGAACCCCCAGGACACAGGGGCCGGGCAACAGGCCUGCCCUUCCUGAUCUUGCUGGGGGACUUGGGAGGGGUGGGGGUUUGCGGCUGUGACCUGCCUGGCUGGGCACACAGGACAGGACGGGGACACAGGACAUAACAGGGUACCUCCUCCUGCUCUUCUCCCAGUUCUCAAGGAGCUGAGGACCCCGCUGGGAGAGGUCCCAGUCAGAGUGUGGGAGGAGUCCCACCUGGGGGAUAGAUGCCCAGGAGUCUCGGGGCCUGCCAAGACUCUGUGUGAGGAACCCUGCCCACCCCACAUUGAAAGAGUGCGUGGCCCCCAAGACAGCCAUCAGGCCCAGGAGGGGAUAGCCCCAAAAUCCAGGUGCCCUUCCCUGACAGCCCUGGGUAGGGAACCCGGGGUGCGGACUGUCCCACGGAGCCCCUCCUCCUCUUCAGAUCCCUGGACUCAGGGAGGGGAGGGCCUGGGCCUGAGGGUGUGAAUCCAGGUCAGCAGAGGAGGCGGGAGCCCUGCCCAGGCCCUGGUCCCAGCCCUGCUGGGGGUCGAGAGACUUCAAGAACUGGCAGGGGAGGCCUCAGUCUGAGGCGGGGGUCCCUCAGGACACAGAGCAGAGGAGGCACAGGCCAGUGCCACUUGUCCAGGUCACCUCAAUUUUGACAUCAUGUCCGUAGGAAAGAGCAGUGAGCCUUGGAGGCUGGGAGAAGACCCAGAAGAGGCCCAGGGCGUGGUGGAUGCCCUACAGACCAGGGCUGAGGAGGAGGAGGAGGAGCCGGGGGAGGUUUUAUCUCCCCGAACUCCUCCCUCUCUGUUUUCCUCCUCCCCUUACUUCUCCUUGUCUGGCGGGUGUUCUGGCGCCCAGGAGGAGGAGUCUGCUAAUGAGGGGUCCCUAAGUCCUCUCCAGUGCUCUCAGGGUGCUAACACCUCCCAGGGGGGCAGGGAAGCCAGUGCCCAGUUUGCUGGCCCCAACAGCCCAGAGGAGGUGGGCUCAAGUGGCAGUGAAGGGGAGGAAGAUGCUGACUCGUCCCCCUGUGGCGGGGCAUCCCAUGGCCUUGGCCAGCCCCAGCCUGCUGUCCCCAGCAGCCCAGCGGAGGUGGGGUCAAACCCACCUGAACAGCAGGAAGAUGAGCAGCCCCAGGGCAGUUUCCACCUGAAGACGGCUGCCCUGGUGAUAUUCCUGCUCCUCAAGUAUCGCACCAAGCAGCCCACCAGCAAGGCAGAGAUGCUGGAGAUCAUCACCCCAGAAUUCCAGGACAACUUCCCCGUCAUCUUGCGCCAAGCGUCCAUCUGCUUGCGGCUGGUCUUUGGCCUAGACGUGAUAGAAGUGGAUCCCAGCGAGCACUACUACAACCUCAGCAUCAUCCUGGGCCUCACCUGGAAUGGGACACUGAGUAGUCAGGGGGGCCUGCCCAAGACCAGCCUCCUGGUGCUGGUCCUGGGGUUGAUCGUCCUGGCGGAUGACUGUGCACCCGAGGAGGAGGUGUGGGAGGCGAUGGGGAUCAUGGGGGUAUACGAUGGCCAGGAUCACAUCCUCUUUGGGGCACCCAGGGACCUCCUCACCAAUGUCUGGGUGCAGGAAGGCUACCUGGAGUGCCGGCAGGUGGCUGGCAGCAAUCCUGCCCGUAAGGAGUUCCUGUGGGGGCCCAGAGCCCUCCAGGAAACCAGCAAGUUGCAGGUCAUGGACUACGUGCUCCAGCUUGGUAACAACAACCUUACUUACUCCCUGGCCCUGUGUGAACAGAUUCUGAGAUAAGGAAGAGGGGGCCACAGCCCCAGAGGCGGCCAGGCCCUUUCCAAGCUUUGGUGGGGCCGGCAUGAAGGGAGGCCUUAGGGUGCUUCCUCCCGGUGUUGUCCUGUUGGGUGUGUAAAGAGAAAGUCCUGGGUGUUCUCAGGAGUUAAGGGCCAGGGAAGGUUGGCAGAGAGCAUGGCCAAGAGCCUCUCUGGGGGCCUGGGCUCUGCAAUCACCCUGAAAUACAGAGCUUAGUUUCUUUGGGGAAGCUCUCAAUAUUUGUUCCUUGGGAUAGAAGGGUUCCACAGCCCAGUGUGUGAGUGACACAUCCCCCGUCGCGUUUGUACUUCCCCAGUUCAAGAGUUAAGAAUUUUGUCAUGUCCUGUAAACAAGUUGGGAGACCUUCCCUCCUUGUUUGGGUUCUGGAUGAAAUCACAGGGCAUUGCGUUGGAAUAUGUUGGAAAGGGCAAGAGUGGAGCAGGCAAGUGCUGGAGUGUGCAAAUAGGAAAAUAAACCUUGUUCACUUUUGCUUCUUA